AUGAAAGAAAGAUGGCAUUUUGUCCCUAUUGUUUUGGCCAUUACGUCGAACACAUGUACAGCAGGUUGGUCAGAUGUCACAUCAAUUUAUCAUUGUGAUAAUUGUGGAAAUAUUUUGUCAUGGACUCAGGCAACUUUCACCUAUGUGGCCAUAGCUACAACGACUCGUAUUUCAUUUGCAAUUCGAGAAGAUGUUGGCUAUUUUGCUGUUGAUGAUAUUUCAGUUAAAAAUUCAGGUGAUACAGAAUUGUUGACAAAUGGUGGUUUUGAAACCGGAAGUAAAACGAACUGGUUUUAUUGUAAUCCAAAUGGAGCGUCAGCUAGCGGUGUCAUAACAUCAAGUGCUUCGAAUAGACGUACCAGCUACAGUCCGCAUAGUGGAACCUAUUUCUAUUGGGAUGGAGCUGUGGGUGUUGCUGAUUAUCUUAGUCAAACAUUUUCAACCAUCAUUGGACAAACAUAUACAGUUACUUAUUGA